GCCGGGGGCCGGGGCCGGGGUCUCCCUUCUCCUCCUCCGCUGCUGCUGCUGCUCGGGGCCGCGAUGCUCCUCGCCUGCGGGGCCGCGCCGGCACGCGAGGCCGGAAGCACCGCCACUGGAGCUGAGGCCGAGGAACGCGUGGGGAGCGCGCUGGCGUGGGAGCCGCGUGCCAACAGCACGCGCGAGAAGGCCGAAGCCGAGGCCGAGGCCGAGGAGGCGCUCGAGGCCUCGGCGGCGGCGGUCAUGGACGCCCCUUGGCUGGACGCUGACAGCCCGGGCCUGGGCGGGGUGACGGCUGAGGCGGGCAGCGGCGACACGCAGACCCUCCCGGGCACCGUCGCGCCUCCCGAGGAAGAAGCCCUCGAGCUGUCACCGUCGAAGCCCCCCGCGACGCCCGAGGAGGAGGGCGGAGAAGAGCAGCCAGCCCCCGCGCUGCAUGGCGAGCCGAACCCCGACUCCGACGUCCCCCAGGAGGGCCCCCCGGAGGUGUGGCUCAGCCUGGGAGGCAGCACCCCGGAGCCCCGAGGCGCAGAGCCCACGGCCCCCUUGCACGGCUCGCCCGAACCCCAGCAGCCGGGCUCCGACGACGUCAUCGACUUGGACUACUUGGAAGGCGUGGACGGGGAAGGCCGCGGGGCCGAGCUGGGCCGCUUCCCGGGCUCCCCCGGAGCCUCGGAGCACGACCUGGGGGGCGAGACGCCGCCCUGGAGCUUGAUCGACUUGUACGACGACUUCACGCCCUUCGACGAGUCCGACUUCUACCCCACCACGUCCUUCUACGAAGACCUGGAGGACGAAGAGGACGAGGACGAGGACGACGACGCAGAGGAGGACAAGGAGGCCGUGCUGGAGGAGGAUGCAGUCGCGCUCCCGGGGCCCACCCGAAAGCCGGGCCAGGGCCAAGGCCAGGCCACGGGGGGCCGCUGGCACGUGGUGCCGCCCCAGCACACCCUGGGCCUCGUCCCGGGCAGCAGCAUCGCCCUCCGCCCCCGCCCCGGGGACCCCGGCCGGGACCUGGGCACGGGCGACAAUGGCACCACCGAAUGCCGCAGCGGCUUCGUGCGCCACAAUGGCUCCUGCCGCUCCGUGUGCGACCUCUUCCCCAGCUACUGCCACAACGGCGGCCAGUGCUACCUGGUGGAGAACAUCGGGGCCUUCUGCAGGUGUAACACACAGGACUACAUCUGGCACAAAGGAAUGCGCUGUGAGUCCAUCAUCACCGACUUCCAGGUAAUGUGCGUGGCCGUGGGCUCAGCGGCCCUCGUACUGCUCUUGCUCUUCAUGAUGACUGUGUUCUUCGCCAAAAAGCUCUAUCUGCUCAAAACAGAGAACACCAAGCUACGGCGGACCAACAAGUUCCGGACCCCUUCUGAGCUGCACAAUGAUAACUUCUCCCUCUCUACUAUUGCUGAAGGCUCUCACCCAAAUGUAAGGAAAUUUUGCGACACUCCCCGUACUUCCUCCCCCCAUGCCCGUGCCUCCGCUCACUAUGAUAACGUUAUCUGUCAGGAUGAUCCUACUGCUCCCCACAAAAUCCAGGAAGUUCUCAAGUCCUGCCUGAAAGAGGAAGAGUCAUUCAACAUCCAGAACUCCAUGUCGCCCAAACUGGAGGGUGACAAAGGUGACCAGGCUGAUGCGGAUGUGAACUGCCUUCAGAAUAACUUAACCUAAAGCCCAAGCAAGAAGAAAGAAAGUGGGGAGGGGGGGCCGGAAACAUUAUAUCCUCUUGUACAGAGUCUACUCCUUGUAACCAUUUGUUAAAACUCUUUUCCUUUCCUGAUCUCAUGGCAUGCCUUGAUGUAUUUUGUACAGGAGGAAAACAAAAUAAGGAUGAGCCUGAACCGAAUUGCAUACAUUUUGGAUUGUUUUGUGUGUGCUGUCUGUACAUUGCUUCUGCUGCUGUGAUUUCUAAACUGAUGCUGUUAUUCAACUGACUUUUUUUUUGUACUUUGACCCACAUUUUUUUGAAAUAUCAGUAAAAAAAAUUCUUGAAAUAAAACUUUUUAAAAAGCUA